AUGGAUGCAACGGCCCCUAAUCUCCAUCUUACCACCAUAGAUGGUCUGCGCAACUGUCUCAUUGCAACAGGUCAAUCAAACGACGACGAGAUCGUCCUCCUCUCUGGUGGAAACGCAAACUACGUCUACCGAGUCACUGGCACGGACAGUUCGACCAGAAUCUACAAACAUGCGGCACCUUACUCACGCUCCAGCAAGGACUUUGCGCUUGACGUCCGCCGCAUGGACUAUGAAGCCUUCAUCUUGAACUUCCUUUCCACUGUACCCCCAACAUCACACACAUCCGGACAAACCACAAUUACAGUACAGACUCCGUCUCUGGUCAGCUACGACCAACCUCAAAAGCUCCUAUGCAUCACCGACGGCGGGACUCGCAACCUAAAAGCCGCAUACGAUGAUCCCAAACUCGACAUCCCAGCCGUCGGACACGCUCUAGCACACUGGCUCGCAGACCUACACCACACCUCGAAACCCACUUCUCUCACCCCAUCGACACCGUCUUCACAAACAAACACCGUUGAUACACCAACCACGCCACACCAGCAGACCCACAACAACAACCCCAUUGCCCUACACCUUUACCGCCACUCCUACGACAACCUCCAUCUCGCCCUCCAAGACUUCUCACACGACCCCCAACUCGGCAAAACCAUAAACACGCAAUUCGGCACCCUCCUCGCCACAGACAACGAAUGCAUCUGCCACGGCGACUUCUGGCCCGGCAACAUCCUACUGCACACGGGACCUGCACCACACGCCGCGGCAACGAAGCUCGAGCUCAGCAUUGUAGACUGGGAACUCGUUCGGCGCGGCACGAGCGCUACGGACGUGGGGCAGUUUGCGGCUGAGGCUUGGUUGCAUGAUCGGUUUAGGGGUGGUAGGGGCCUGUUGCGCGCGUUUUUGGAGGCGUAUGCGGGGCGCAGAGGAGGGGUGGGUGCGGGGUGGGUGAGGAGGAUGGUGGUGCAUUGGGCGGUGCAUGUUGCGUUUUGGCCGACGAGGGUGGAGUGGGCUGAUUUGGAGGGGACGCGGGUGGUGGUUGGUAUGGGGGUUGAGGUGUUGAAGGCGGUGUUGGAGGGGGACUGGGAGAGGAUUUUUGGGACGGGGUUGCUGGGAGGUGUGGGGGAUGUUUUGAGGGGGAUGGUGGUGUGA